UGACAGCUGAUAAUAUAUUUCGCAAAGUUAUGUGAUUCCAUUUUUAUAUUUUGUUUCGUAAACAUUUUAAGUUGAAAGUAUAUAUAUUUUGAAGAAAAUGCGUUUAACUAACAUCCUGCGCUUUCGAAAUACAUUCACCAACUCUGGAGCUACUUUGCAGUUUGUUCCGAAGCACAAUCCAGUUCUAGAAAGUGAUGUCAAGCUUCUGGAGGACUUCCUGAUGUCAAAGCCAAACAUUGUUGUUCUUACUGGUGCAGGAAUAUCAACUGAAUCAGGAAUUCCGGACUAUCGUUCAGCAGGUGUUGGCUUAUAUGCGCGUUCAAAUCAUCGUCCAGUACAGCACAUGGAGUUCGUAAAAUCGCAAGCUAUUCGUCAACGAUACUGGGCUCGUAACUUUGUGGGUUGGCCAACAUUUUCAAGCACCGAACCCAAUGUCACCCACCAUGCUCUAGCACGCUUUGAGCGCGAGGGUCGCAUUCAAGGAAUUGUCACCCAAAACGUUGACCGCCUGCACACGAAGGCUGGGGCCAAAAACGUUGUUGAACUACAUGGCAGUGGAUAUGUAGUCAAGUGUUUGUCUUGCGAAUAUCGAAUUGACCGACAUGAGUUCCAAAACAUCCUUAAUACAAUCAAUCCAGAAUUUAAGGAUGCACCCGACAUGGUUCGACCAGAUGGUGAUGUAGAAAUUCCACUAGACUACAUUGAAAAUUUCAAAAUUCCCUCUUGUCCGGAUUGUGGGGGAAAUCUGAAACCGGAAAUUGUUUUCUUCGGAGACAGUAUUCCCAAGGACAGAGCACAUAAAGUGGCUGAGAUGAUAUACAAUAGCGACGGUUUAUUGGUCCUUGGAUCUAGUCUGAUGGUGUUCUCCGGCUAUAGAAUGGUUUUGCAGAACAAAGAUUUGAAUUUACCUGUUGCCAUUGUGACCAUUGGUGAGACAAGAGCGGAUCAUCUAGCUGAAAUUAAACUGUCUGCAAAAUGUGGUGAUGUAAUUCCUAAAUUAUUCAAUUUUAAAUAGUUCAAUUUUUAAUUUAAUGGUAGUCUAAUUUUAUGCAAAUUGUUGAUAAAU